AAUGUUUUCUUGUGACAAGUGUGAAAAAGUGUUUGCAUUCAAACAUGGACUGGUACGUCAUCUAAAGAGUCAUGAUGGUAUACGAUUUAGGUGUUAUUUAUGUCCAUCUAUUUUUUCGGAUAAAUGGGCACUCUCGCGUCAUGUUAAGACAAUUCAUCAUCUCGUAAAGUAUGGUGUGGACUAUAAUAUUGCUAUUGGAAAUCAUGCUGAUUCGAGGGCUAUGUCAAUGAGUGAAAAUGUAAGUGUUGUGGAGAGAAUGCAGGUAGGCCCCAGUGCAAUUAGUCCUAAACGUCGCAAACAAUGUAACACCGACAAUACGAUUAAAAGUAAACGGCUAAAGGUGAAACGAUUACUAGACAUUACGACGAGCGGUUUUCAUAAAACGGGUGAAUCAUUAAAUAGUCAAAUUUUAUGGUUUUACAAAAAGUAUAUUGAAAAUAUAGUCGGGUAUCAAGCGUAAUAAACCCGCAAAAUAUAGAUCAACAAAGUUUCAAAUGGGCUAUAUUGGCGAAAAAAGUUACGGAGGGUAAAAUACAUAUAGUAGAACAAAACUAUAAGUCUAUAGAAAACUCUUAUAAUUUCUCCGGUUUAUCAUUCCCAACACCGAUUUCAGACAUAAAAAUUUUCGAAAAAAAUAAUCCGCAUACUUCAGUCAAUGUUUACGGACUAAAAUUGAAAGAUAUACAUAAUAAACCCGAAUAUUUAGUUUAUCCGCUGAAAGUGUGCGCUGAAGAACGUAAAGACCAUAUAGAUUUGUUAAUUGUGUCAAACGCCGCGGGUGACAGCCAUUACACUUAUAUUUCCGAUUUUGGUCGAUUGGUACAAUCACAAAUAACAAAGAAUACAGCAAAAAGGAUAUUUUGUAAUCGGUGUUUCACGGGCUUUAAUAAUGUACCUAAAAUGUAUAAACUACGUGGAGUUGAGGCGCUAGAAGAACAUAAAAAAAUUUGUGGCGAAAACAAACCGUUCUUACCUAUAAUGCCUGAAGAGGGCACUAAAUUAAAGUUCGAGUCAUGGGGCAAAACACAGGAACUUCCAUUUGCAAUUUAUUCUGAUUUUGAAAGCCUGCUGGUCAAGUCCAACAAAGAUACGAAAGGCAACACAAAUUUUGUUCAUGAAUAUGUUGCAAUGAGCUAUGGAUACAUAGUAAAAGCAGCCGACAGUGAACCCAUAGAAUUAUUGCAACAGUAUAAUAUUCAAACGACGCCCAAACUAUACAGAGGAAAUAAAAGCAGUGAGCCGGAGGAAGUAGUCAAUCGUUUCAUGGAUGACGUAACUGAAGUGGUGUUGAAAAUUAAAGAGUUACUCAAGACGAACGUUGAUAUUUGUAUGACACACGAAGAAACUGAAGAGCAUAUAAAGAAAACCUGCUGUGACUUGUGUAAAAGUGGUUUUACAGAGAAAAAUCAUAAAGUAGCAGACCA